AUGUCAGAAAUCUCAAGGGACAUGAAUACCUCAGAUGAUUCAGAUAUCGGGCCUGACUUAUUCCAAUACUACAUUCGCGGUGUAUCAGAGUUGCUCUCCGGAGAUGAUUUCUCACCUUCUUCUUCUCGAUUAGUUGGAACAGAAGCAAAUAGGAGCGGUGCAUCUAAUGAGAAAACUUCUCCUGCUGGCCUUGGUUCCUUGUUUUCUAAUGCUGUAGGAUAUGGACUCUCAGGUGUUGAGAAAGCAAGAUUGAUGUCAAUGCUACGCCAAAGUGUUGUUACUCUCACAAAGGAAGUAGAUGAGAUGUUGGGCCCUGUUUUUUCAAUGCAUCGGUUAAGAGCUCUUAUGGGACCUACAAAGACCUGUGCAAGAUUUCAAGAUUCAAACUGUGAAGUUGUGACUGAAAAUCGUGCACCAAAGAGACUUAAGGUAACACCAAAUGAACAAAAGGGUAUGGCUAUAUCAGAUAAGUCAUGUCAGAAUAGGGGAUGCGCAAAGUUUUCUGAAAUGGACAAUAAUACCCAAAAAAGCAACACUAAUGAAUCCAAGUUGUUGUGUGGUGAUUGUUUAAAACAAGCAAAUGGCUCUCAUGAACACAUGAAUGAGUCGUUUUUGGGAUCAACUUCUAGAGAUGAUAAAGAAAAUGGAGAGGUUAAUGAUGAUUUGCAAGUUCUUCUGGUAAACAGAGGUCCGAAGGUCGUAGAAAAGAUGGAGAAACAUUCUGCUGAAUUAUCUGCAAUUCUUGGGCGUAUGGAGGAUAAACUUGAAGAGCUUCUUGAUGUUAUCAUUUCCAGUUGCAGGCACAUGACACUUUUGGAAAAGCAUAAGCUACGAAAAUUAAUCGAAAAGUUGCCUCCAAAAAACUUGGAUCGUGUUGCGGAAAUUAUACAACGGGGAAAGCCAUCUGAAAAGCGAUCUUCUGAUAAUAUUGAUGUUGAUCUGCAACAAGAGGAUAAUAUAACACUAUGGAGAUUAUACUUUUACGUUAAAGCAGUUGAAAACGCUCAAAAGCUUUCUUAGGAGUCAGAUGUUCUUAUAGCCUUCACGAUUAAAAAGAUUUUGUUGUAACGAUCUAACGUUUUUUUUGGUGAGGAUGUUUGGGUCAAAGUAAGUGUAUAUAUACAUAUCUUUGGGAAAAGUUGUACAUAUGAUAAUCGAUUGAUCAUUCGAAUGUUAUGUUUUAGCGGAAGACAAGAUUUGUCGUUUUUUUUGUU